UUAGCUCAUCUUAAAGGGACUCUGUCAAGCAAUGAAAGGGGAAGUGUGGUGGUUUUGGAGUAAAAGUUUAAGUUCAUGUUAUUAGUUGUUUAUGCUAAGUAACUGCAAUUAAGGUACGUUUAAGUUGAUUAUAAGGGUUUUGCUUAUUUUUAAGACUGCAUUAGAUAUUUAAAGGUCACAUUAUAGUAUUUUGUUUGACAUUGAAGGUUAUUUUCUGUUUAACUACAAGUGAAGAAAAAUUUAUUAUUUUGGUUUAAGUGAUGGUGACAUAUAUUUAAGUUGACGCUUUAAAGUAAAGCAAUUUAAGUUCCUAGGUGCUUCAUAAGGUGACCAUUCACGUAUUUAAGUGGACCUAGGUGACUUGAGUGUAGUAUAACACCUUUGACUGUCUGUGACAUGGAGCAAGAAGGCUGUGACACUGAAGCUGUGGAGCAGCAAGAAGCUUUUGAAGAGCAAGAAAGUUUGCAAGAACCAUGCACAAGUAAAGCUCCUAAAGAAGGAAGUUUGAGGAAAAGUCAAAGAGUUAAGAAGUUCACUGAAAGGGGCCAAGCACUACAUGAUGAAAAGGUGAACAAGCUUCAAGCUCGCUUUAAAGUCAGUUAUGAAAGGUGGAAAGUUGUGGCAAAACAAGGCAAAAAAGCACUUGAAGAACCUGUUAGUGCAAAACUUAAAGAGCUUAUUGACCGAGUUGAACAUACCUCGGCAGAAGUGAAACAAGUUUAUGAUGAACUGCGCAAUCAUGAAACUCCUGAUGCAGACACUCGCCGCAGAGUGGACACCUGUGAUGCUGUUUCUCAGAAGAUGAUAAGGCUAACUCAAGAAAAAUUAGCAGCAGAAGAAGACGAAGAACUUUCUGGGAGAUUAGUUCACUGGAGUGAUGUAGGAUCAGCAUUCAAUUCUGCAACCUCGCAAAGAUCUAAGAGUUCAAAUAGCAGGCAAUCAAGAUGCUCAAGUAAGUUGUCUGUAAAGAGGCAAGAAGCAGCUGCAGAGCUUGCGGCUACUGAAGCAACUCUGAAGAUUAUGGAGGAAAUGGAAAGUGAAAGAAAGGCACUUGAAAUCCUUGAAGCAGAGAAUGCUGAGAAACAGAAGGCCUUAGAGCAAAAGCGAAGAGAGCUUGAAAGGCUAGAAACAGUAAAGAAAAUGAAUGCUGCUAAAGCACGUCUGAAAGUGUACAAUGAAGAAGGAAUCUCAGAUGAAGAAAUAUCAGACCUUCUGCACGAAAGGAGUAAACGGAGAAAUGUCACAUCCAAACCGAUGAGUCAGUUUGCACAUUCGCAACUUAAUGCAAAUGCAAUGCCGUUUGAUAUGCCACAAGCCAUCACAAGGUCACAACCAAGAGAAAGCAAACAUGAAGAUAGUACCACAACAUUGGCCCAAGCUCUAGCUGAGUCCAUUCACAUAAGUCGCCUACCAGUACCAGAACCUACAGUCUUCAACGGAGAUCCUCUCAAGUACAAGGAUUGGAAAUUGUCGUUUCAAAUGCUGAUAGACAGAAAGAACAUCCCAGUGAAUGAAAAGAUUUACUAUCUUCACAAGUAUGUUGGAGGACCGGCGAGAAAGGCUGUUGAGAGUUAUUUUCUGUUGGGAACCGAGCGUGCUUAUUACUCAGCAUGGAACACUUUGGAGGAAAGAUAUGGAAGUUCAUUUGUAAUCACCAAAGCUUUCAGAGAUAAGUUGACAUCAUGGCCAAGGAUUGGUAACAAGGAUAGCGUUGAACUUCGCGAAUUUUCAGAUUUUCUCAGAGGAUGUGAAGCAGCCAUGCUUCAGGUUAAAGGUCUUGAAGUUUUGAACGACUGCAAUGAGAAUCAGAGAAUGCUAAGCAAGCUACCUGAUUGGUUGUCAGCGAGAUGGAAUCGAAAGGUCAUUGAAAUUGAAGAGCAAGAUGGUUCUUUCCCAACAUUUAGCCACUUUGUUGACUUCAUUGCGAGAGAGGCCAAGAUUGCGUGCAAUCCUGUAACAUCGCUUCAUGCACUCAAAGCAGGUGACUCAGAGAAAACGAAAUCAUCCAAGACAAGAAGUGUUGGAGCAAAGGUGCUAGUGAGUGCAGCAGAAGAGACGUCCAACACAAAAAAAUGUGUGUUUUGUGAAAACUCAAAUCAUAGCAUUCACACAUGUAGGAAGUUUAUGGACAAGGUCUUGAGUGAAAGAGUCAAGUUUGUGCAAACCAAGGGAUUGUGCUUUGGAUGUCUAGGCUUUGGACACCAAUCAAAGAAAUGUGAAAAGAGAAAGAUGUGUGACACAUGUAAAGGGAAACACCCGACAUGUUUGCAUGAAGAACGAGACAAAUCCUCAAGGACAAGGAAAGAGAAAGAAAGUGUCAAGGAACCACAAAUAAAAGAGAUGGAAGACAGUAAAGAGAGUAGAGAAACCAAACCCAAGGAAGCACCAAGUGAAGCAAUAUCAAACCGUGUGAUUCAAAGUGACAGAAGUAAUCUCACAUCUACGAUCAUUCCAGUUUGGUUAUCUACAACAAGCAAUCCUGAACAUGAGAUUCUUCUCUAUGCUCUUCUUGACAGCCAAAGUGACACGACAUUCGUCUUGAAAGAAAAGGCAGAUGCUCUGGAUGCAGAGAAGAAAUGUGUGCAGUUAAAGCUCUCGACAAUGUCUUCUAAAGAUACUUUAGUACCAAGUCAAAGGUUGUCUGGAUUACAGGUCAGAGGUUUCUAUUCUUCAAGGAGAAUUCCUCUUCCUGUGACAUACACAAGAGAGUUUAUUCCUGCGAAUUUGAGUCAUAUUCCCACACAAAGGACAGCAAGAGCGUGGCCACACUUAGAGCACCUGGCUGAAGAAAUUGCUCCACUGAUUGAAUGUGAAGUAGGCCUGCUCAUUGGUUACAAUUGCUCACAAGUGUUGGUACCCAGAGAAGUUGUGGCAGGAAAAGAUAAUGAACCUUUUGCCCAAAGAACAGACCUUGGCUGGACAAUAGUUGGAGGAACUAAUCCAUGUGUUGACUAUGGGGAUGCCAUAGGAUGUAGCCACAAAAUCAUUGUCAAGGAAGUGACACCCAAUCAGUCAGCUGAGCAGUUGGUCAAAGAAGUGCAAUACAUCUGUCGCACACAAGUCAAAGAGGUGGUCACAUCCGCAGAUGUAAUUAAAGUGCUCGAGUCCGACUUCAAUGAAAGAAAGGUGGAAGACUCACACUUCUCACAAGAAGAUUUAAGGUUCAUCUCCAUAAUGGAAGAAGGAGUGAAGAUGAAAGCAGAUGGACACUGUGAGUUACCUUUGCCAUUUAAGGAAGACAGACCAAGUCUGGCAAACAACCGGAGCUGUGCAGAACACAGACUCAAAUCUUUGAAGAGGAGAUUUGAGAAGGACAACCAAUACCACAAAGACUACACAGAGUUCAUGAAAGAGACUAUAGAGCGUGGUGAUGCAGAAAGAGUUCCCUCUGUAGACCUGGACAAAAGCCCUGCCUGGUACAUUCCACACCAUGGAGUGUAUCAUCCACAAAAGCCUGGCAAAAUAAGAGUGGUGUUUGAUUGUUCAGCGAAGUACGAAGGAGUGUCCUUGAACGACUACCUGCUUACAGGGCCAGAGUUAACCAACUCUCUGGUGGGGGUCCUGUGUCGAUUUCGGAAAGGUCCAGUUGCAGUGAUGUGCGACAUUGAGCGCAUGUUUCAUCAAUUCAGAGUCAGAGAAGAAGAUCAAGAUUACUUUCGCUUCUUGUGGUGGGACAAUGGAGACUUCAACUCUACUCCAUCUGUCUAUCGCAUGCGCGUACACCUGUUUGGAGCUGCUUCUUCCCCUGCCUGUGCGAACUUUGGUCUCAAGUAUAUUGCUGCACAAGGUCAAGGCAAGUUCAGUGAAGCUACCAUAAGGUUCAUUGAGCGAAAUUUUUAUGUGGACGAUGGUCUUAUCAGUUUCCACUCAGAAGAAGAGACAAUUCGUUUGGUGAAGGAAGCCAAGGAACUUUGCAGCACAGGAGGCUUGCGACUUCACAAGUUCGUUUCAAACAGUAAGCAAGUACUUAAUUCGCUGCCGGAAGAAGAUUGUGCAGAAACAGUAAGGAAAGACUUGUCACUGGGCGAGCAACAAAUUGAAAGAGCCCUAGGUGUCAAAUGGUGCAUCGACUCGGAUCAUUUCCAGUUUCGAGUAGUUGUGAACGAGCAGCCACUUUCCAGAAGAGGAGUGUUGUCCACGGUAGCCUCUAUUUACGAUCCACUUGGCUUUGUGGCACCUUUUGUUCUACUUGGGAAGCAGAUACUACAGCAGAUGUGUCGUGAGAAAGCAGAUUGGGACGAACCACUCACAAGCAAUCUGAAGUCACGGUGGGAGUCCUGGUUGUUGGAUCUAAAAAAUCUAGCAGAUGUCAAAAUUGACAGAUGUUACGUGCCAAGAGAUUUUCAACCAGUUCAGAAGUACGAGCUUCACCAUUUCUCAGACGCAAGUGUUUCAGGGUAUGGUGUUUGUACGUACCUGAGAGCUGUCAGUGAAGCAGGACAAGUCCACUGCUCUCUUGUCUUUGCUAAGUCCAGAGUAGCACCCACAAAGGUUACUACGGUGCCAAGAUUGGAGCUGUCUGCAGCAGUUGUAGCAGUGCGGAUUAGUGACAUGCUCAAAGCAGAGUUGGAGCUAGAAGAUGCUCAAGAAUUCUUCUGGACAGAUUCUCAAGUUGUCUUGGGAUAUAUCAACAACGAUGCAAGACGUUUCCAUGUUUUCGUUGCAAAUCGCAUUCAGCGUAUUAAGGAAAGCACUCAACCGAUGCAAUGGAAGUUUGUGGCAUCAGAUCUCAAUCCAGCUGACCAUGCGUCGCGCGGACUGAAGGCCAAAGACCUCAUUACCUCCAACUGGUUUAGCGGUCCAAGUUUUCUUUGGCAAAAGAAACUUCCCCACGGAGAAGUCGAGGUGGGAAAACUUGAUGCAGAGGAUCCAGAAGUACGCAAAGCUGGUGUACUCCAUACAACUACGGAAACAGAUUCUUUGGCAGAACGUUUUCAGAAAUUCUCCAGUUGGUCAAGGUUGGUCAAAGCGAUGGCAAGACUUCUCAGAUUUGUGAAAGAAUACUUAUUGAGCCUACAACAAAGACAAAAGUGGCACAAAACAAACAGAAAUGCAAAGGUCAAUGACAUAGUGAUCGUACAAGAUGACCAAGCAUCAAGAAACGACUGGAAGUUGGCCAAAGUUGUUGCCAUACACCCGAGUGAAGAUGGAUGUAUACGCAAAGUGCAACUGUUAAUGAGUGACUCAUUGUUAGAUGACCAUGGAAAGAGACUGAGUAAACCAGUUCUACUUGACAGACCUAUACACAAGACUGUGACACUAUUAGAAGCAGAUUAGUGUACAUUUCAUAAGUUCAUGGGUGAAAAUCACAAGUGAUUUGGUGGGAGUGUAGCUGCCGUCAAAAGCAACUCUCACAUUUAAGUUCAUUUUAUUGGAUUUAAUGUUGAAACAAUUAGUAGUUGAAAUAGUAAGAAAUAAUAAAUAAAUAGUAAUUCAUGUUCUGUUCAUUAGAUUUAUAUGUUUAAAUGUGUAUUUGUGCUAACUGUGCAAUUAGAUAGGAACCUUUUCUAUCGUUCCGUCUGUUGUUGCUGAGAGGGCAUUUUUCUUGGUGGGCACACUCAGCAAGCUAAUUAAGAGACGAGCCACGAGGUUUGCACGUCUACAGAAAGUUGUGAAGAGUGUUUUGGACUACCCCACGACGUGAGGAUUAAAGUUUUUAUUCCCUUUGAGUGAGGCCAAUGAGUUCUGACGGCAUUGUAUCGGCUGUGGUUGGACGUCAUUACAUGUUAAGGCAUGUCGAAGAAUCCUCCUGUCCGAAAUAAAUGUCAGUUUAAAACCAAAGAACAAGUUGAGCUUUAUUAAGACUCGAGGGGAGUAACAGUCAUACAUACUACUACUACUAACAACAACAAUAAUAAUAAUAACAAUAAUAAUGAUGAUUACAGCUGCGAUACAAUUAUCCUGUGAUUGCUUCACAGAAAGUGUUAAUAACUUAUUUGACUACAAAUACAGUAGUUUACAGUUUGUAGGAAGUUGUAGGAGAUAGCUCAAGUUGAAGAGAAAGUCCAGGAAGAGGAAUGAAGUUUUCGUCAUUUUUUUGUCAGUUUUAGUGUAAUUAAAAUCACAUUGAGCUGUAUGUGGGCUCACAUCUGCUUCUGGAUACAGAUCUUCCUGUAUUUGUUUUUUCUAGACAUUAAUUUCAUUUUCCAUGUUGUGUGUUUGUGAUACAGUUUCCCCUUUUUGUGGCUAAAUAUAUCAGUAGAAUAAAUCCAAAGAAAAUGACACUUUUUGAGGUGGAAUAACUGUAUAUUGUGAUUUAAUGUUCAUUUGCUGAGAUUGUACAAAUGGCAGUGAUAGUAAUAUAGCCCAGUUAUUCUCUGUGACAUUUUUAAUUUUAAAACACAAAAGCUGUUUUUGACUAACUAAAAUAAAUACUCUUUUGUCAUCGAUACAAUGUUUAGUUUAUCUUCAGCUGAAAUUGCCAUUCAAAGUGCAGAGGAGCAUUAUUUUGGAGCCUAUCCCAGUUGUCAGGCCAGGGCAGAGCUAACAUAUACACAGACAAUCAUCCGCACUCAUAUUCACUGAAACCUUUUUAUUCCAUCGAUAUAAUAGUUUUAAUUUAUUCUGUUCUUUGGUUGUUUUUCUUGAAGUUCAGUUAUAAAAGUAUUAAUAUAUAUAUAUAAAAAGAUUUAGCUGUAACAACCAUGAGCUACACCUUAUCAGUUGACAUCUCAUGUGGCAUUUUACUUAUGUUUUCCUCUUUAACAACUGUCAUUUAUCUUCUAGAAAACAAAGUGAAUUAUGAUAAAUAACAUGACUAAUUAUUCAGACAGAAUGAAACCUGCACCUCAGCUCCUGAAAAAUUCCAGCUUUGAAUUUGAAAUGUGGAAGCAAAGUUUCUGCUCUCAUGUUUGCUCUGUUUUGUGUCUUGCAGAAACAGAUCAGAAGUUUCUGGCACCACUUCAGGUCCUUUCUUGGAGACGAGCAUAAGAUGGUCAUAACAAUAAUGUUCUUUGCUUCAGGAUUCUGUUUGUUGAUUUCACCCACCGCCUAUUUAUUAAUAAGUCAUUUUAAUAAUAUUGUUGAAAACAACUCCAACUUUAAGAAAGAGGUAAGUUUAGUUUUAUAGAAGAGAGAGAUUCUCUCUGUCAGGUGAAUAUCUGCAAAUAUACAAACACAAUAAAUCUGAGUCUGUAGAUGACAGUCAGCAAUGCAGCCCCAUUUAAAAACAUUAAGAACAAAUUAAAGUGUGAAUCAGCGACUGCUGCUGUGUGAACUUUUAAUGUGACUCUUUCCUUACUUGUGUAAAAUAUCUGAAUGAUCAGUCAUUACUGCUUUUCUUGAAACCUCAACACAGAAAAAGAAUAAAAGCCACAUGAUGUGAAAUCCAUCA